CAUAAUACCAAACCAACCCACCUUCCCCGGCCGGCUUUAUUAUGAGUAUCUGGCUAAUUGCAUAAUGACCCCUAAACUUUGGAGCCACUACUGAAUCGACCACUCAAGUUUGAUUUUCUUUAACUAACGAAUCGGUCAUCUUUGAUCAGAGUAUCAGGCUCGAUAGCUGAUGAUUAAAUAUUAAUAGUCAUUUAUAUUUGACCUAUGAUGAACUCAAUUGUUGUCUGGUAAGAAACUCAUAUUUGCUAGUUAUGGUUGAAUUGGAAACAAGAUUAUGUCAUCUUCAAGUGUUGAUGUGAUAAUUUUGAUAAAAUAAAUGUUCAUAUUUAGCAUGAUCAAAUAAUUGUAAUUAUGUACAUUUAUUCAUUAACACAGUGAAUAUUUUGUUCGCGAGUACUUUAGCUUAGUAAUCAAUUUGUGAAGAAUCUCAUAGUUUAAUGACCAUUUUUAACAUUUCCCCCAGCCAAUGGCACUAUCCGUAAUUCUGGCCUCUCACGAGGCUAAACAGUUAACCUCCCCGGCCUCCCGUUUUCCCAUACGCUUAAAACCGCCGUAGUUAAUUAUCGAACCGACCUCUCUUCCCUAUAAAUUCCCACCAGCUCAACUGCCUUCUUUCACCUUUCCCAAAACUCGAAUCAAUUCCCCCACCAAAAAAUCCCCAAAUUCGUCGAAACUCAGAAUCCCUAGAUCGCGAAAACUAUGAAGAAGCCUCAGAUCCUCGCGAUCCUCCUCCUCCUCGCGCUCGCCGUCGCUGACGCCGCGCUGCUCGGCGGGUGGCGCCCGAUCGACGCCGAGGACCUCAAGGAUCCGGACGUGAUUGACGCCGCGAAGUUCGCCGUCAAGCAGCACAACCAGAAGGAAGGUGAGAAGCUGAAGCUGGUGAGGGUGGAAUCCGGCUCGUACCAGGUCGUCCGCGGGAAGAACUACAAGCUGGAGCUGACGGUCUCCGGCGCCGCUGACACCAACGGGCUGUCCAAGUACGAGGCGAUCGUCUGGGUGCAGCCCGGCGCCGGGAGCCCCAAGAAGCUGACCUCGUUCAAAAAGGUGCCGUGAGUGAGCAUUGCUCCAUCGAUUUCUCUGGCUUUUCGUGUUCGGAUGAUGCGAUUGUAUAUUUAAAUGUAACGGGGAAGGAAUCGUUGAUGCGGUGAUUAUGUGGAGAUGUAUCUCUGUGCGUGUAAUCGGAAAUAAAAAGAACAAAAAAAGCUCUGUUGAUGUUAGUGCUAUUUGAGAUCUGUUUCUUGGUGGUGGUUUUCUGAUCGGACUGUUUGUUUUCCGGGAAAACUGGUUUUUGGAACUUUCUCGAGAAACCGGGCAUGUGGCUAGGAGGAUUAAUUUUUUACGCAAAGGAUAAGCGGAAUUUAAGGUGCUUAACGUGAUGGUGUAGGAAAAUGAAAGAGCAAAUUAGGAAAGGAAACUAACUACACCAGACGACGAAAGAUAGCUUUGUUUUGACUCCCAUUUUAGUAACGUUUUAUUAUUUCGUUAAUCGUUGAUUUAAAGUUCUUAACAACCGAUUUUAGAUUCGGCCCAACGCAUGUCAGUUCGCUCCAUUAACCGGGCCUUCAAAUGAAUGGCUUGGGCCUUUUACCUUCGUCCACGUAAGCAUUUCUUCUAUUUCUAUACCCUUCUUUGCAAAUGUAAAGACAUUGCAACUUGUAAGUAUCAUUGGUGUGGAUGCAAAAGUUAUCAUAGACAAGUGCAAUGCUGGUGAAACUAUAGAAUGUUAAGAUUGGAUUCAUAUUACGUUGAAAUUUGUUCAAUCCUGUAUAAGAUAGAUGGUUUCAAGAUUUGGUUUCUUGGUCUCGAUAAAAACAGAGAGGCUCAUUUAGUGGUCUGUCAUGCUUUGUUGUUGUCACACUGCUCGUUAAGACGGUUUGACUUCCUUUUCUUGUUAUAGUAGAUAGGUUCCUGUUUGUAUCUCUGUAACUUUGCUCAAUCGUCUUAUUUAGAGUGUUCGAUUGACAACAAAAAAAAAGACAUUGGAAGUAGCUAGUAUAGCCUUAUUCAUUCUCGACACUAUAUGAUUCGAUCAAGUACGUCUCACAAAUCUCAUUAUCGUUUCGCUAUUUAGUUUCUACACGUGGAUUUUGUGAAAGCAACUCAUGUUGUUUUCAGUUGGAUCGCCAUAAUGUUUAUGGUAUUCAAAACCGAUAAUUUAGCUUUCAUUUUGUCAACCACCUUCCACGAGCAGAACCAACUCCCACUGUUGUGGAACGAGAAGCUUCCCUUUUACAUCCAAUGACUUGAUGGCUAGUCACUUAGACUAGUCUAUCUUAUGCGUUGAAGCUGUUGUCGAAAUUGUUCACGUAUACUAAAUCUUGCAAAACAAGCAACAUGUAAGAUCACGAAAAAUCAUGCAAAGAAACAUAUGAUCGUCCUAGCCGACAAAAUUCACCGUCUCUCCUUAAAGAAUCUUAUUCCCCUCUAGUACUCAAUGUUAUGGAAUGAUUCCUCCUAGGAUAGAAAGGACGUACCUUUUCCGGCGUAGCGGUAUCUCAAACCCCGGAAAUCAUCGAACACAACGAACCGGCGAGAACCACACUUGACUCUAUUUUCUCUUUGAAAAGAAUGCAUAAAACUAGUUUUGGAUUUUAGCAGAAUUUUGGUACCGGAAAGUCCAUGUAUAUCUCGUAAUUAAAACUAGAGGGGUUUGGUGCUAUUUAUAGGAAAUGAAGGGGUGCAUUGUAGGGAGGCAACUCUUCAUAUGGGUGGUUACACCCCCACCAACGCAUUGGUUCGUUUUAAAAUAAUGAACCAUUACAUCGGUUCGGUCCAUGGUAGUUGGACCGGUUUGGUUAUUCCAACUGCCUCAUCGGUUUGGUUCGAUUUGGUUCAACUCGGUUUGGUUCAUUCGGUUACACAAACCAAUUAACCUCAUAUUACAUCAAAUUGAUCGAAUUCGAGGCCAUGCCUUCCCACAUCUUACCAACAUGGUACUUCAAGAAACUCUCUUGGAUCUU